AUGGGCGCAACAAUGUCGGUCAUCAAGACUCUCGUUGUUCCCGCCGUCAUUUCGUUGCUCCUCUUUAUACUCCUCACAUAUGUUCUCAUUCCCCUAUGGCGUCGAUAUGCUCGCUAUAGUCAAUACCUUCCCCUCGAUACUUUAUCGUCCCAGACGUCUUCUUUGCGCGAGCGCAUAACAGCCCGCAUAGCCGCAUGGCGCUCCAACCGCGGUGUCGCGUUCGCUUCUGAUGAUGGCUUCGACGAUGGGCUGGACGAAGAUGACGGAGAGGAACUUGGAAAUGUCGACGAGGCCACCUGGCGUCAAAUGGAGGCAGAUACCCGUGCGGCCCGACCAGAUAAUGCAAGGCGACUAAGCAGAGAGUAA